GCACAGAAACUAAUAAUUGUAUUAGGUCUAUAAUAAUAUUAUGAUAUUUCACUUUCAACUAUUAUUUCCUGGUAAUUCGCCAACAAGGGAUUUUGAAACGUCAAGUUCUUUAAAAGUAAACUGCGGCGACGAACAUUGUAUUGUUCCAGUGUAUUAUAACCUGAAUGAAAAACUAGUGGAACUCGGAGUGAAAACUGAUAAACAUGAGUGAAAUUGUUGAAAUGAAGAGUGAGGAGUCUGGGAGUGGUGAAGCGAGUACAGACUACGGCUCCAUAAACAUAAGUCCACAGAAUCUUAAACGCAGAAUAAAGCACUCCCGUUCGUCGAGACUUCGCUGGUUGCCAUUAUUGAUGGGUAUCUUCUUGUUUCUUUCGAUGGUAAUACCGUAUGGGAUAGCUGUUAAACUGGGACAUGUCGAUCCAAUAUUCCCCUACAUAAGUGACGAUGGAACGACGCCCCCCGAGAGUUGUAUUUUCAGUCAACUCAUGAACCUGGCUGGGUUUUUUGCUUUUACCUCAGUUUAUGUUCGUUACAAGCAAGUUAACGAAGACUACCGUCAAGAUGUUCCAGGGAUAGUCUUAAAGUGGAAUGACGCUGCAGUUGUCUUCGGCUGCCUGGCAGCUCUUGGGAUGAGCCUAGCAGCAAACUUCCAGAAACCCAACAUAAACUCGGUACACCUGAUAGGCGGGGCUCUAUGCUUCGGUGGAGGGUCCAUUUAUGGAUUCACCCAGAGUUGGAUUUCUUACAAAUUGUCGCCUCAGUACUGCUCACUACUUACGUGUCGUCUGCGGUUGUGGGCCUCCAUCUUUACUGCAGUCUUCAUCAUCACAAACUUGGUGUUUGAUGAAUUGUCUCACCUAGAACGGCUUCCAGAACAUGUGGGGUUUGCGUUCCACAUCAUCAGCACGACCUCGGAGUGGGCCAACGCAAUCGCCUUUAUCUUCUUCUUCAUCACAUUCUAUCGAGAGUUCGGGACGAUCGGGGUCACACAGGGUCAAAGGUUAUUAUUGGAUUAUGACGUCAUCUAGCGUCCUGCCUUUUUUUGGAAAAGGGAAGGAGAAGGCUUUUGUUUAGCCUGAACAUCUGACGUCACACUUCGAGGCUCGUGAUAAUUAUGCAAGGGAUUCAAUUCCCGUCUAUAAUCACCUUUGCAGACGACCGAAAGUACAGUGUAGCUACCAACCACGUGACUUUGGACCAA